CAACGCAAUUAUCUCCAAAUCAAGCAAAGCUACUAAACGACGACCAACUAUGGGGAACAUUUCCAGCUGCUACAAAACCAAGCAAGACUCGCAACAAGAGCCGUGCACUCCGGCGAUCGACGAAAACCAAGCUACCAAGUCUGAACCAAGCUACAAACCUCAAGUAGAAGAAGAAGUCGAUCGUCCUGUGGUCAUCAACAAGCCCAAACAAGCAUCUCCCACUCAAGACACCGUGUCGGUUGCUAACACUGGUCAACCUAAACCGUUGUUUACGGCUUCUUCUCCGCUGCUGAGUCCUGCGAAUGGUAAGAGUGCUGGAGGAAACUACAGAGAUCGUCUCUAAACUCUGAAACUUGACUGCAGAGUGCAAUUGACCAUAAACAAGAUUUUUUUUUUGCUUCAAUAUUCUUUUUAUUAAUCCAGUGAGCCUUCGCUGCCACUUUUAUAUAUAUUCUUUUUAGCAUCAAUAUCUUUUUAUUAAUCCAG